CUCUUUCUUCUUAUCCUUCCCGGCCAUACUUCAUAUUUCAUAUCAUCAUCUUCUUAGUUUAGAAAAGAAUGGGUAUCACCACCUUUACAGAAGAGAUCAGUGGCCCAAUCUCUCUUGCUAGGAUCUUCAAGGCUGGGGUCCUUGAUGCACACAACUUACUUCCCAAACUCCUUCCUGACAAGAUCAAGAGCAUUGAAGUUCAAGGUGAUGGAGGGCCUGGAUCCAUUGAACAGAUAAACUUAGCUGAAGGUAGCCCUUUCAAAUGCAUCAAGCACCGAAUUGAAGAACUUGACAAGGAGAAUUUCAUGUGCAAGCAUACUUUGAUCGAAGGUGGUGUAAUUGGGGACAAGAUCAUAAAGGUUGUUGAAACAUUUAAGUUUGAGGCCUCUCCUAAUGGUGGAUCCAUUUGCAAGAUUACUAGUGAGUUCCAUACUGUUGAUGAUUGUGAGGUUAAAGAAGAAGAAAUCAAGAUUAGCAAGGAUAUGGCCAUACGGGUCUCCAAGGUUGUGGAAGCUUACCUCUUGGAGAACCCAAAUGCCUAUGCUUAAGACUCUUUCUAUAACUACUCUCUAUGGUUUCAAUGGAGUGACUUUUUUUUUUUUUUUUAUGAAAGUUCAAUAGAGCCACUUUGGCUCAAUAAUAAAGAAGUCUUCUACUGUGGUUGUGCUUUU